GCUACAGCAACGUUAGCCACAAUCAGUUGACCUUUGUCACUGCUCCGGUUCACUCGCAUUUUCUCAGUGUUGUUGCUCGUCACUGCUACGAUAGUUACACAAUGGCCGAUAUCUCCACAUCUCUAGAGACGUCGGCGUAAGCUCAGGCCUCAUGGCUAAUACCACCACGCCUUCCACUUUGGCCACGGCCACGCUUGGGAAGGGCGAGCAACGUGAAGCCGUGGACGAAGCGUGGAUCAGAGAGAUCAAGAUGAUAAGCUACCAGGUGCUGAUGCCGGUGAUAGUGGUGCUGGGAGUGACCAUCAACGCUUUCGGCCUCUACUUACUUCGCAAACCACGCAUGCGAGCCCUGCAGUGCACUAUGAACUUAGAGUUGCUGUUCGGUUUGAACGUGGCCAUCCUUCUGGUGAAUAUCGGCAGCAUCAUCACCAUCGAUGGGUGUGAGCUACAGUCCUAUGCCGUGGCGCUCUACUUCGCCCAUCCUUGCUUCACGGCAUUCUACGCGAUGCGCCUCUUCUCCCAUUACGUCGUGGUGUGGCUGUGCUGCGAUCGCUUCCUCGCGCUGUGGUGUUUCAACCUGUUCCGACAAAUGCAGCAACCACGGGUCAUGAAGCUUCGCUUGAUAUUGACAGGCUUGUUCUGCAUCGGAUUGCAAAUGAAGUACUUCCUGGAUGUGGAGGUGCUGUGCAUGACUGUAAGUGACGAGGGCAUUGUGGAAGUCACCAAUGGCACACAAUUGUGCGAGCAAGGCUACUGGUUCAUUCAUAACAUCUAUCAAGAGAUAGAGGACGGUGACACAGGGCGUAAUGUGAUGAUGAUGGUAAUCAUCGCGCUGGGCCUGGUAGUGCCGGUGGUGUUGGUGUUAGUGUUCAGUGUGGGCAUUGUAGUGGGCAUGGUGCGCCGCCGCAUACAAAGUAUCGCCGCCACCACUAGCACGCUUCAACAAGCCUACUCAGCCAUCUAUAUAACAUUGGCCCUCGCCCUCGUCUUCUUCAUCAACAUCAUGCUCACUGUCGUUUAUGCCAUCAUAUAUACCGAGAAUACCAAGAGCUGCUACGCGUCGUCUCGCAAGGAGGUGUUCCGUGCAGCAACACACCUCCUCGUGCUGGCGGAACACCUCACGCUCACCCUCUUCCUGGUCCUCAAUCAGACCUUCCGUGAGGAGCUGAGGACGCUGCUUCACACCAUUAAGGGCAGUCUCUGCAACGCUCUCAACUGCCUCACUCUGACUGUCUGUCCCUCACGCCGGACACGCUCUGCCACGCUCAAUACAAGAGCCGUAACAGUCUUCCAUAACAUUCUGGAAGGUCCACAGAUUUCCCCAUCUAGAGGUGAAACCGUCCAUGGAGCGCCCUCACAUAACUAGACGAUGACUGGCUUGACUAUUCCACUCCAGUGAUUCUCUUGGAUGCCUGUGAUAUGUGCAUGAUGCGAGUAAGCAUACAGUGCUGCGAGUAAGCACACACACACACACACACACAUCAUAAGAAACUUCAGUGCCUUGGUUUACAGAAAAGCAGGUUGCUAGGUGUGUGCCCUGGAA